AUGAAUCAAGAUAUGGUACAUGUAGAUGUGGAUGGCAAUGAUAGUAUUGGAGGUAUUCCAGAGGAUACAAUGGUAGUGGACUCUGACAACAUCAAUAACAACAAUAAUAAUGCCAAUAGCAAUGGCACAACACAAUAUGUUAAUAUUGCUAAUGGUGUGACGUUGACAUCAACAUCAACAACAUCGACAACUACAACAAACACUGCUGUGGGUGCAGACAUCUCCUCACCAACCCGACAACAGCAACAGCAUGAGUCAUCAUCACAGCCUCUUACACCAUCGCAAUCCCAGAGACAGCAGCAGCAACAACAACAUGAGGAGCAUGAGCAGCAGCAGCAACAUCAACAGCCACAACAAUCACAACCAACAUUACAAUCACCUCAAGUGAUUAGACAGUCCCCAAAGACAUCACCACCUCCUCCUCCUCAACAAAAGCAACAACAGUCUAAACAACAACAACAACAACAACAACAGAUUGAUCCACAGGAUGAAUAUUUGAACACAUUCCCUCAACCAAUCAGAGAUAUGUUGUUCCGCCUUCCCCAGCAAGACAGGAGCAUAUUCAAUCGUAUUGUGAUCUCUGGCAAUCAAUGUCCACUGUGUGGCACAAGGGUGCUGUUCACCGGACUGUUUGGUGUGGCCAACUGCAUGGAGAGAUGUGGCAGACGCGCCAAAUCAAUCAUGGAGCAGAUACUUCGUUUGUCCAACGAUGAUUAUCUCAUCAACAAUACUCCACAGCAACAACAACAGCAACUACAGCAACAACAACAGCAACCGGCCUCAUCUACAUCGACACCGUUCAGUGCAAACGCAAACAUGUCGCCACCAAUGGGCGGUGUUGGAUCGGCAGAGGCAAUGGCAGACCGCUCAGACUCGUCUGGUGGUGAGGACGAGGGCGAGGAGAACGAUGUAAUUGAGAAGCCCAAGGCAUGGGCCAAUAAGACCGCUCCUCGUGGACAGGAUUCAGUGUCUCUUCCACAAAAGCGCAAGCCCGUUGAUCAACUAACCACAAACCCUUUGAUCGUACACGUAAUCAAUGAGCCUAGUGACACCAAGUUCACGGUUAAAGUUGACCGCAGGACGCUGAUACGCAAACUGAUCAGUAAGGUCGCCGAUGAGAUGGAUGAGAAUCCAGAUAGCAUUAGAUUGACAUACAAUGGCAAUGUUUUGGAACCAUCCCACUCCAUUGAGAAUUAUGAGAUAUCGGAUAGGGCAGUGCUCUGCUUUGAUAUAAUUACCGACCGCGUGAACAGUAAAGUGCCCUCAACAUUCAACACCAGAUCACGUGUGUCGCUCCCAACUACAAAGAAGCGC